GACACAAAUGACGACGACGACGACGACGACAACGAUGACUCUUCAGCAAUGGCUUCUUCAACUUCUUUUUUACGAUCUGCUCGACGUUGUUUGGCAGGCAUUAAAGCCUUUUUUGUUUGCGGCGAGGCCUUCUUCUUGCUGUUAGUUUCGGCUUUGGGGGAUUUGGAAGGGAUAGUGAUAGGUUUAGCAACUGUCUCUGUUAAUGAAUCGCUUUCCUCGGCAUGCUUCUUCUUUUCCUCCUUAUUAUUCGACUUUUUUCUACUUUCUCGUCGCUUUGGCUUUCGCUGUUGGUUUUUGGCAGGGGAUGCCACCUUUGCGCCAUUCUCUGAAGAGCCGGAGCAGGAGCUAUCUUUGACCUUUGAAGAGGCAGCGGAUGGGUUGCUCUUUAAUUUACUCGAUGCAUUGUUUGCAGAUGUUACAGCUGUGCUGUUCGAGAGUAACGGUGAUGAUUUCAAGGACAUUUUUCAGAUGAGUUCUUUACGUAAUGUUAUAAAGAUAAACAAUGCUUGGUAGCUGCGGAUGUAGUAAGUAUGUAAACUGAUUCUAAUAUGUACACAAAAGAAAAGUUUGCAGUAAAAAAAGAAAAGAAAAAAAGAUAAAAAGGAGACGUUUUUUUCGGUUUUUAGUUAGAAUUUGUUAUUUAUGUUUGUUUGAUAGAGUUAGGAAAAA